CCUUGCUUUGAGGAAAUCCCAUCAUCCCCUUUCUCCUCUCAUUCUCUCUUUCUGUAUCUGUCUAUCUCUUUAUCUCUCUCUCUCAUAGUUUCUAUCUUGACAGUAGCUCCAUGAGCUGCUUGAGCAUGGUGGAGGCUAAACUGCCUCCAGGGUUCCGAUUCCACCCGAGGGACGAUGAGCUAAUCUGCGACUACCUAGCGACGAAGGUCGCCGGAGAUCGCAACUGGAGCUUCUGCGGCGGUCCGACGAUGGUUGAUGUCGAUCUGAACAAGUGUGAACCAUGGGACCUCCCUGAAAUGGCUUGCGUUGGGGGGAAGGAGUGGUACUUCUUCAGUCUACGGGAUCGCAAGUAUGCGACCGGUCAGCGAACUAACCGGGCAACCUUGAUGGGCUACUGGAAGGCCACCGGAAAGGAUAGGCCGGUAGCUCGAAAGGCGGUGCAGGUUGGGAUGAGGAAGACCCUGGUUUUCUAUCAAGGGAGAGCUCCCAAGGGAAAGAAGACUGACUGGGUCAUGCAUGAGUUCCGCAUGGAAGGACCCAAUGAUCUGCCAAAGCUGCCCUUCAAGGAAGAUUGGGUCUUAUGCAAAGUGUUCUGCAAGCACAGGGGGAUCUCCUCCAAGCCAAGCAUUGAAGCAAGCUAUCUUGACUCAGGCUCCUCCUCCCUCCCACCUCUUAUGGACACCUACAUCACCUUGGACCAAGCCCCACAAAACUUUGAGGGGUUUGAGCAGGUGCCCUGCUUCUCCAGCCUUCCUCCAAGCCCCACAUACCAGCCCCCAAACCCAUUAUUGGCCCCACCCCUGCCCCCAAUGGAAAGAAACCUGCCCUUAACAAAAGGCUUAGCCCAAUUGGGGGACUUGCCUGACCUAGGCUCUUGUGUGACCCCACUCUCCAGUGAUAGAAAGGCCAUAAAAGCAGUCCUAAACCAGCUCACCAAGCUGGAGGGCAAUCCAAAGGGGGAGGUCCUGCCAACUUUGGCCGAAGGGAGUUUGGGAGGUUACUUCUCUGAUAUGGGUCUGCCCGCUUGGAAUCCUUUUUCGAAUCUUAGUGAAGAUUGGUAAGGUUUGUGAGGUGAAGGUAUCUUCUAUUUAUAGGGAGUCACCUAUCAAAUUUGUACAUAUUGUCUAUCCAUAUAUAUAAGGUGUGAGAUUGUUGUUGUUUUUACUUGGAAUUGCCCAAAUGAAUGCUUUUUAUGGGCACAUUGACAAAAUUCUUCUAAUGCGACAAAAAAAAUGGGUAGGAUUGAUGAAUAUUGAUGACAAAAGUUUAUGGUUGGCUGGCUGGUUAUUAGUGGUGAAAUGUUCCACUCCACGUGAAGAAGGCUUGAUUUUGAUUUUGAGGGCACCAUUCAUGCCUUUUGUUGCAAGCUGUGAGUUAAGUACAUCGGAUCAUUUUAUCAAAGCCAAUUUUAUACGUUUCGGUAACACCAAAUCUCUUCCAUGGUACUGUGACAGACAAUCUUAUUAGAAUGAUAAGUUUAGUGGUAUUU